AGUAGAUCUUAGAUAUUCGUAUUAUAAGUAAUUUUUAAAUUAGUUUUAUUAUACUAAAAGAAACAACUUGGACGUAUUAGUACUAUAUAUUUAUUUGAAAACACCUUAUUAUCUCUGAUUAGUGCACAUAAGGAAUAUAUAUACAGCCUUAUUUAAUACUAACCGUGAAGACGUUUUAGUCGAAAAGAACAAUCCCUUUUGAUCUCGAUUACGCCAUAUUGGCAUUGGCGGAGAAAAACUAGACAUGUCAACUUGCUUUAUAGAAUUGUUUUAGUCGUAGAAACAUUAAGUGUUUUAGAUUAUUGAGCUACUCACCGUUUAAUAACCUUUUAAAAUCACAAGUUACCUUGUAAUAUAACCGAAAUCAAUGCAUUGAAACGUUUGUGAAACAUCAAAGAUGAGCAGUAGCGAAGACAGUGAUGCCGGACCGAAACGUAAGAGAAAAGAUCGAAGAUUAAAUGAUAGUCCAGGUAGUAGUUCCAGUGGGAGCCCCAUUAUAGGACGUUCAUCUUUUCUUAGACAAAGGAGAAAAUUACAAGAAAUUAGAUCUAGUUCCAGUGACAGUGAUAGUAGUCCAAUACUUACUAAUCAUAGGAAAAAAAUUAUGAGAGUAGAUUCUGAUUCUGAUGUAGAAUCAGAUGAUUCAGACAUAGGGCAACGUCGUUCUGUUAAUCCCAAGAGAUUACAAAGUGAUUCUGAUAGCGACUUUUCCAUGAGUCAAUUAGAAUCUGAUUAUUCUGAUCGAGAAGUUAAGAAUACGAAUAAAAUUCAUACAGAAUCUGAAUUUAGUGACGGAGAAUCAGAUAAAUGUGCUAUUUGUUUGGUUUCUUUUAAAAAUCAAGAGAUAGGUACACCUGAGGCUUGCGAUCAUAUGUUUUGUUUAGAAUGUUUACAAGAAUGGUCGAAAAAUGUUAAUACUUGUCCCAUUGAUAGACAGGAAUACAGCUUGAUUCUGGUGAGAUCUCGCGGUAAUGGUAAGAUAACUAGACGGAUUCCUAUAGAACGUCCUGAACCUCAAAAUGAAGUGGAUAUAUUUGAGGAUCCGACUUUUUGUGAGAUUUGCGGAUCUAACGAUCACGAAGAUAGGAUGUUAUUGUGCGACGGUUGCGAUUUAGGUUUCCAUCUUUAUUGUUUAAACCCUCCUCUCAAUGAAGUUCCAGUUGGAUCGUGGUUUUGCGAAUUGUGUAAUCCGACGAGGGAAAACGAUUCAUACGAAUACGAUUUAAGGAUUUUAUUUCAUGAUUCCGCAGGAUUAGAUACGUCGGUCCAGCUGAGAAACAACAGAUCCACGAGAAUAUUACCACGUACGAGGCAAACGGAACGAGUUAGACGUCGAAUAGCUAAUAACCGUCAUCUACGAAAUCUCCCGACGGAAAAUUCGACGACGACGAUAACGACGACGACGACGGUAACCAGUACUACAUCUCGAUCGAGAAAAAGAAGAAGACGAAGAAGAAGAACGCGGUAUAGAACGGUUUACGAAAUCGAUCCGGUAACGGGAUUAACGGAAGCGGUACAAAAAAGGACGAAAGGAAGAAAAAAUGGUAAAAAACGUUCGGCGGCGCCACCGAAAACGGCAAAAAAACGUCUGGCCAAACAAUUGGGAAUAUGCGGACCGCAAAAUGUGAACGAAUUAAAAAUAAUCGAUAGGAAACCGGGUAGUACGGCAUCCGGUACCAUAAGUAGUAUUAGACACAACGCGGGUAUACCAACCCUACAUCUAUUCGGACAAAACGACGCUCUAGAUUAUUUUACCGACGAAGAACAAGAAGAAGAAGAAAAUUUCGGUUCGCAGAUAUUGAUUAGAAGAGCGCCUAAUCGAUCGGACGUUAACGUUAUGCGAAGAACGUUACGACAAAAGAACUUGAUAAUACCGGAAGUAGUAUCGAGUAGUUCCGAUAUAUUAGAUACGAUAUUAACCGAUCAAGAACGAUUGUAUUCGAGAAAUUGUUCGUAUUCGAUCGAUUCGACGGGUAAAUUCAAAAUAGAUUUGAACAAAGAAAAAGGUAUAGUCAAAGAAACGCCGUAUUAUAAUCAGAACAGAAGAUACGGUAAUAAUCAAAAUUAUAAUCGACCGAAUAGAUAUCAGAGACAAUCGACAGGUUAUUAUCAUUCGAAUAACAGUUUUUAUAAUAACGAAUCGAUUAAUAAUUAUUCGAAUUAUAAUAACGAUAAUAACGAUUAUCCGCAAGAUUAUUCGAAUAGAACGUUGAGCGGUGAUAAUGCGGAAGAUAAUCGAGACGAAAAAGAAGAAGAACAACAACAACAACAAGAUGAAGAACGGGAAGAACGUAAUAAUCAAAACGACGAUUCGGAAUUGGAUAUUUACAGCGAUAUAGAAACCGUAACGACUACUAGAAACGAAGAAGGCGAAUAUAGACCUUUAUCGCCGCCGCCGAUGCCGCCGUUAUUAGGAUUAGAAGAAGAUAAUAACGAUAGCGAACCGGAUAUGGUUAUAGACGACGAUAAAUUACAAGAAGAAACCGCCGUAACGUCGACGGUUAGUUUAGAAAAAGAAAAAUCGAUUCAAUCGAACGAAAAACAAUCGGAAAAUAUAAAAAAUUACGAUUAUUACAAUGAAGAUUCGUUAGAAGGUUGUCCAAAUACAAAUAUAUAUUCGAAACAAGAAGAAUCCGACGACGAAUGUCCGAAUUUCAGUAUAUAUUCCAAAGAAAGUAAAACAAUGGCCAUACACACCGAUAUAACUUUAUCAACAACCGAUUAUCAUACCCAAAUUAAUACCAACCCCAAUUUAAAACUCCCCGACGACGACGACGACGACGACGGAAAAUACGAUCCCCAAAUUACUUCCUCCCCUAAUUUAAAACCCCCCCGCGAAACGUACGAUCCCCAAAUUACUUCCUCCCCUAAUUUAAUACCCCCCGAUGAUAAAUACGAUCCCCAAAUUGGUACUACUCCAAAUUCGAAACAACCUCCCGAUGAUAAAUACGAUCCCCAAAUUAGUUGUUCUUCCCCAAAUUUGAAUCCACCCGAUGAAAUGUACGAUCCCGAAGAAACGUUUCGCGAACAAAACGAUAUGACGUACGAUCCCGAAGAUUGUUUACGUACGGACGAAACGUUGGCAAUAACCGAUAACGAAAAAUCUAAUUACGAACCGGAAAACGAAGAAGAUCGUUACGAUCCGGAAACGCCUUAUAACGACGACGACGACGAUAAAAUAUGCGUUAAGAAGAAUAGUAAUUUGUUGUAUAGCGAUUCGGAAGAUGACGAAAAUGUCGUUAAAAAAGAUAAAAAUUUAACUUCCAUAACGGAUAUUAAUAAAAUGACGGAAGAUAUAAGCGAAGAAGAACGAAGUUAUACGCCUUGUUUGGACGAAAAAAUUCAAAAACAAGGUUUGGAAGGAUUGGAUACGGAAAUGAUAUCGGACGAAGAGAGGAACGAUUUCGAUGAAAAUCACGAUUUGAAAACUGUAAAUUCCGAUGCGGACGCUUUGGAAAUAAACGCCAAAGAAUCCGAAUUGGAUUUAGUACGACCGGAAGAUUACGAAGAAGGAGAAAUAGUCGAUAAAAAUAAAGAUAAAGAAAUUGUAAACGAAGAAAACGAACCGGACAAAUCGAACAACAACGUAGAUAAUAAUAAUAAAGAAAAAGUAAUAGAUAAUAAAGAAGAACAAGAAGAAGUAAUUAAUACUACUUCGUUUAAGAAGAUCAGUAAGAGUAAUAAGGAGAGGAAUUAUAGGGAUAAAGAUAGGAAUAGGCGUCGAUCUAGCGAAAGGGAAAAUAAGAAGGAAAAGAAAAAAGAGAAACGUAAAGAAUUGGAGAGGUAUAACGUUAGAGCGAUUAUAGCGGAAAAACCGCGACCGCUUAUAGCGAAAGAUCAAUUCGGAAGAGAUAUCAGAAAUACGCCUAGUAGAUCGAGAAGUCGAUCUUAUACGCCGCCGCUCCGUAACGAUCCAGCGGUAAGAUCCCCUUCGAAAAAUCGUCGAUCGUUAACCAGAUCACCUCGACGACGGUCGUUAUCGAAAUCGCGCAAACAACGAAGAAAAUACCGAUCGCGUACUAGAUCUAAAACCCCAAUUAAAAAAGGACAAAAAAAUAAAAAGAGAAAACGAUCUUCGAGCAGAUAUAAAAGAAAAAUCGACGAUAAAACUAAAAGUAAAAGGAGACCGCGAAGCGGUCGUCGAUCCGAAAGUCCUACUAGAAGAAAAAGAGAUUGGUCGCCAAAUUCGCAAGUAUCCCCAUCUUGGACGCCACCCCGAUUAAUAGACAAUCCCCAAUUAUUAAGAACCGAAAGUUUAACGGUAACCGUGAAUAAUAAUAACAACAAUAAUAAUAAUAACAACAACAACAAUAAAAAGAAGAAGGAAAAAAAGAAGAAGGACGAUAAGAGAAAUAGAUCGAAGAAACGUCGACACGAACGCGAACGCACCCCGCCGCCUAGUAAAGAAGUUUUCGCUUCCGGUGAUAAUAUAUUAGUUAGCGUCUGUUUUAAUAACGAAAACGAAAAGAGAGACAUAACGACAAGAGAUAAAAGAAAACCGGACGAAAUAACUAAUAAAAAACGUAAAAAGAAAAAAGCCAAACGCGAUUUGAGCGGCGUGAAACCAGUAGCUAUAAUCGAUUUGGAAAAAUCGCCUUUCAAAGAAUUAACCCCAUCCCCUAAACAAAUAAUAGUACUCACCGAUAGCGAAAACGAAAAUCAAGUGCAAGCCGAUUCGUCGUCGCAACAAAUCGUUACACCCGAACGUGGUAUCGGUCCUAAAACGCCGCCGGAACCGCAAAUUAAAUUCUCUUUAGCGCCUAAACCGCCACAAAUACGCGCCAUAAAUAAUCCCUUAAUUGAUCCCGACGACGAAAUCGAAAAUAACGUCGAAAACGACGUAAGGAUAAGUCCCGGUCAUAAAGGACCUAGCACCCCCCAAGAACCACCUAAUUCGCCGCCCAGUUCCCCCGACGCUUACGAUCCUUUCGAACCUACUAAAUCCCGUUCCCCCACACCGGAUAUACAAAUACAAGAUAAUCCCGAAAGUAUCGAUAGUAAAACGGCGGAUUUAAUCGAAAAAUCGAUUAAUCCCGUACCGGAAAAUUCGAAAUCUCUCACUCCUCCUCUAUUGGCCGAUAUACAACCGGCGGAUUCUCAAAGUAGCGUACAAGUCGUUACGCCCGAUUCGAAUAUAGAUAAAUCUCCAGAUAACAGAACGAAUCAAAUACAAAAUACUAAACCGGUAGCUCAAACAAUACCUUUUUCAUCGGUACCGACUACGUUGAAUACCUCUACGCCGUUAUCAACUGCUCUACCGACGAACAGGAUAAACAUAUUGAAUACUUCGUUGAUAACUCCGACCGUACCGUCGCCGAUACCUCAACGAAUAGUUUUGCCGAAUAUAAUUAAAUCGGUUAAAAUACCGCCGACUAAAUCGGCCAUUAAAUCGACGCCGAUUAAACCGAUGCCGGCCAAAAGUAACAAAAUGAUAAUAAGAAAGAGAGCGCAGAACGGCAACGCCGACGAUAACGUAUUAUUGGAUUUCGAUUCGCCCUAUUCGCCGGGUAGUAGCGAUUACGAGGAUCUGUUCGAUCCGCCUAGCGAAAUCGUAACUAAACCGAUUAUUAAAGGUAAAAGUAAACCGACGGUGAAACCGGUUUCGGCGUUCGACGCUUUAUUCGGUUCGCCGAGUUAUAAUGCGAAAUCGAAGAAGAAAUUUAGUAAAAAAUCGGGUAAAACCAAAACGGUCGGUGUUAAAUUGGACGAGGAUAAUUUGAAGAUUUUGGACGAACUUCCCAAUUCGGCGGUGGAAAUGCAAGUCAAGGAUAAGUUCCUCAAGAAGUUAAAUAGACAGGAAAGGGUGGUAGAAGAAGUGAAAUUGGUACUGAAACCUCACUACAACAAGAAACGUAUAAACAAAGAGGAAUACAAAGAUAUUAUGAGACGAAGUGUUCCUAAGAUAUGUCACAACAAAUCGGGGGAAAUAAAUCCGACGAAAAUUAAGAAUCUGAUCGAAGCUUACGUUAGGAAAGUUCGGCACAGUAAGAAGGUGACUUCUUCUAGUUCCGUCAAUCCCCAGAAGAUGUAGAUGUAUAGUAGUAUAUGAUGUACAUAUAUAAGGCUAAUUAUUAUUAUUAAAAAAAAAACAAAAUGGAAAAUAAUUAUUUAAUUUGUAGAAAAUUAUUUAUAUAAUUAUUUCACUCUCUUGUGAUUCUAUUUGGAAAUUUUUAAAUGUAUUGACUGUAAGGUUUUUAGUAAAUAUAUUAAAAAUAGAUACGGAA